GAAAAAAUACAACACAAGAAAUGGCGAAGUUUACUCGCCAAGCUCGACGAAAUGAAAGCAAGAUAGCUGGUAUGUACGACUUAGAAGAACGACUAGGUUCUGGUCAUUUUGCAGAGGUAAAGCUAGCAAGACAUGUGUUUACAGGAGAGAGAGUUGCGGUAAAAGUGAUUGAUAAAUUGAAGCUGGAUGAGACAGCUAAACAUCAUUUGUAUCAAGAGGUUCGCUGCAUGAAGCUUGUACAACAUCCAAAUAUUGUACGUUUGUACGAAGUUAUAGACACAAAAACCAAGCUAUAUCUUGUGCAAGAACUAGGAGAUGGAGGAGAUAUGUAUGAUUAUAUUAUGAAACAUGAAAGUGGGCUGUCAGAAGACAAGGCUAGACGAUAUUUCCGUCAAAUUUUACAAGCUAUCGACUACUGUCACAGACUUUAUGUUGUUCAUAGAGACUUGAAACCAGAGAACGUUAUUUUCUUCAAGAAACACGACGUGGCUAAGCUUACAGACUUUGGAUUUUCAAAUAAAUUUUUGCCAGGAACAAAAUUGCAAACUGCUUGUGGUUCUUUAGCUUAUUCUGCGCCGGAAAUCUUGCUUGGUGACUCCUAUGACGCGCCGGCUGUCGGUAAGCUAAUUUUUUUAUAUUUACCUAGCUUUUCACGAUUGCAUAGCUUACAAAGCAUAUACAUUCCUGCAAGUAUAUUUUUGUAUUUUUAUGUACUGCAUAAAUUCAAGGUUUUUAAAAGGUUUUUAAUUCCCUUAAAACAUUACUGUAUUUAUUUUAAAUACAGUGAUUGAUUGAAAUUUGAUUUGGAAUUUUAUAUAUAAUCAAUAGAUAAUCAUAGUAAAUAUGAUUAGUUCAUCAGAAAUCUGAAGCCAAAUCAAUCCAAAUUGAAAAACAUCCAAUCCAAAAAUAUAAAUUAACCACUUUAUAUUUAAUAUAUUUAUUGUACUCUGUCUAACAUAUUAUUUUACUUUGUCCAAUGCUGGACGAUUGCAUUCAUCAAGGGAAGAGCACUGGUGCUCAAUGGAUUUAAUCAAUUUUGCUUGUGCUGAUUAAGACCAUUUAAGCUUAGGAGCUCAGCCUGGUAUUUGCACUCCUAAUAUUGUAUAAUCCUACUCCAGGCUCUACACCUAAUAUUGUAUUUUAUAAUCCUACUCCAGGCUUUACUCCAAAUGUUGUAUUUUUUGCUUCAGAUGUGUGGAGUCUUGGUGUUAUCUUGUACAUGAUGGUUGUUGGUAAAGCUCCAUUUUACGAAGUGAAUGAAAGUGAGACAUUAACCAUGAUCUUAGAUUGUAAAUUUCAUAUUCCUGAUCAUGUAUCUCCUGCUUGUCAAAGGUAUAUCAAAAUAUUUAGUAUGCAAAUCAAAUUAUAUCAUUUCAUUUCAAUCUUUAGCCCAAGUGUAAUAUUUUUAUAUUUAAUAAUAAUCACCCAUGUUUUUCACCAGUCUUAUAUCACGGAUGAUCGUCAGAGAUGCUUGUCAGAGAGCUGUAUUGGAGGAUAUUUUGGGUGAUCCAUGGGUACAAGGGGAUUACGGACCAGUUGCUGUGACAUCGAUACCAUUAGCAAAUCAAGUGAAGAUUGGUGUAGAUCAGCAUAAUGAGAUUGUGGAGAAAAUGCAGCUUGGAGAUAUUGCAGAUCUUGAGACAAUCACAAAGUAAUUCAUAAUAAGCCUGAUUUACACUAUCAAAGUUUCAGUGAUCACAGUAGAAAUUUGACAUCUGUAAAUUCUAAAUUUUGAAGGAUUUGUAAGAAAUGUUUGAGCAAUCUGACUUAGUGUUAAACACCGAGUCAGUUCACUCAAAGAAUUCCUACAAAACACAGGAUUUCGUUCAAAACACAGAAUUUACCCAUGCAAAAUUCCUACUGUGAUCACAGAAACUUUGAUAGUGUAAACCAGGCUUUAUAUAAAAAAACAUUGUCUGUCACAUGAAAGAAUUUCAAUCAGUUCAUUGUGAGGCUAUUUGAGUGUGACAAGCUGAUCAAAUCAAUGCUGUUUUUAGGGUUAACCCUAAAAACAGCAUUCUAAUAUUACCAAGUGAAGUGCAGAAAACCAGAUCAUCGAUCAAAUCAAUGAUGCUUUUUCGUACUUAGUUUUUAUCCUUAUUCAUUGUUCUGCUGUUGUCUGCUUUCUCUAAGAUGUGCUUGUUGUGAUAAUAAAUUUUGUGUUCUAGAUGUCUGGAGUCAGGGUCGUAUAAUCAUGUCUCUGCUACGUAUUAUUUACUGGCUGAGCAAAUCUUACGACGUUUACGUUGGCAUAGAAGUAUAUCAUCAUCAUCAAUUUCAUCAUCUGGACCAGACACUGAAGUCAAAUCACAUGUUGUAAAAAGGUAGGUGAAGCAGUUUAAGUCAUCUUUGCAUUUUGAUUUAUUUCAUAAUUGCCAUUCAUUUGCAUUUAAGGAUGAUCAGUGCAGAUAAAAUCAUUGUUUGUACUCAAGUGAAAUUUCAGUGUUUGCAAUGAGCAUUCAAGGUUUCAAUUCGUUUAUACAAUUAACAUAAUACUGUUUAAAAGUAAUUGGCUAAUGCUUUUGAAUCUUGACAAACAUGAAAGUUCAUGUGAGAAUAGUCAAUGUUCUUAUGAGACUGUUUGAUAUAUUUUGUUGAAAUACUCCGUUUUCCUGUGUCAAUUAUUUUUUGCUGAAAUAGAAUGUAUUUCACCUACAUCUAGGCAAAGUAUGCCACCCAAAAAGACAAAAAGUUCUCUCUCAGAUGGUGACCAAACUUUGAGUGUACCUUCGGUAGAGGAGCUACCUCUAAGCGAUGGGAAUGAGCCAGAAGACGAUAUUGGUAUGAAUCUAAUGACAAGUAAACUUCGAUAUCAUUCAAAUGAGUCAAUAUACGACGAUAUCAAGAAGUCUGAUAAACAGCAUGAUCAGGAGGAGAUAGUUGGUGCUGUUUCAGUUGCUGUGACGAGUAACCAGAGAAAAACAUUUCAGAAGAGACGUGUGGCAAAAGUAAAGAGCACUCCAGCAUUUCUUAAUCAGAUCUCGGAAGAAAGAGAGUCUGAUUUAGAUGACAGUCCUCGGGCCUCGCCUCGUGUGCGUAGAUCAUCACGUCGGCCGUUGAAUGUUAUUCUGAAAACCAGGCGUCCAUCUGGUGCAUCUUCCACGGGAGGACGGAGGUCAUCCAGCCAUAGCAGUAGUUCUGAAGAUGAUGGUGAUCUGGACAAGAAGAUGAGACGGUUAAGUACAGAGAGAUGUCGUAGAUCACCCAAGAGACGCAGUGAUGAUGAAGGUGAUGGUGAUGAUGGUGAUGGUGGUACCAGGGGACCACAUGGUGUGGCCAGAAAGAAAAUGAUGAGCGAGAAACCGCAACAGAGUGGUUGCAAUAAAGAGACUAGCUCAGAAUCUGGAAGUAGUUCAAAUGAACAAGGGAAAACUGCACAGUUGGGACUACAUUCUGAACUGCUUAAAGAUAAGUUGUUGAAUGUUUAUAUAAAAUUGAAUGAAGACCAAAACACGAGCAGUGCAGAAAAUGAAAAUACGGUGAUGGAAACAGCUAGCUGUUGUCAAACUGAUCUUUCUGAUAAUCUGUUAGACCUUUCUCAUAAUGGAGAACCACUCCUUUGUUCUGAAAAUUUGUCAAAUCAACAGAACUUGAGACCACAUUUUUCGAUCGGUGGAAAGUGUUUAAGUAAUAUGGAGACCAGUGUUGAGAGUGUGGCAAGUUCAGAGAAUAUCUUAGAGUGUUCUAAAGACAUUGAAAGUAAUUCUAAAAAUGUGGCAAAGCCAGAUGAGUGUAUAAAUUCCGACACAAAGUCACAAGAUAAUGUUAAGUCUGAGAACAUGUUGGUGGAUUCUGAAAAUCUUUCAAUGCUAUCCAAAGACUGUACGUCAAAUUUCAAAAGUAGGACGAACGAUUUUGAAAAUAUUGCAACAACCUCUCAGAAAAAAGUAACAUUUCUGGGAAAAGAUCUCGCAGACAACUCGAAUGAAAACUCGGAAGAGGUCCACACGGCAAGAAAGAAAAAUGUGUGGAAUGAGAAAUAUAUGGUUGGUGACGUGAGUAAAGAUAAAGGAGAUACGGUCUUGAAAUGUGAAGCUUCACAAAGUGAAACCAAUCUAGUGUGCGACGGUGCAAAAAAAGAGGAGAAUUCAGACAAUGUGAUGACAAGAAAUGAUGAUGUUGAUGAUCACAUAAUGGAAAUAUUUAAAGAAAGAAGUUUAACUAUUGAAACUUUGGAGAGCAUUUCAGAUAAAGAGAACGUAGAUAUCACUGCCGAGGAAACUAAGAGUUACGCAAAUGGUGAUACAACAAGAUUGCGAGGCAGCGAUAUCGAAGAAAUUGAGAUGUAUAUGAAAACGAAGGGAACAGGAUUAGAGUUAGACGCUGUGGCCGUACGUACCAUAUUUAAUAAUCCUAAAGUUUCACGUGUGACUAGUAACUGUUGUCAAAUAAUCUAAGGCAGGUUCCUUAGUGUGUGAAUUAUUCCAGUAAUAUAUAGCUGCUGUAUUAGAUAUCUCAGAUAUAUGGUAUAUAUUCGAAAUAUCUCAAUUUUCGUCUGCACACGAUAUGAUUGUAAAUAUAUGUUGAUUUUUCAAUGCGUAGUGCAGGUCGUGAAAUUUUUAAAACUUUAACAUUGAUCUUUCUCCAGUGUUAGAAAUACACCCUUCCGGAAAGAACUUAGCCGUGGCUAUAGAGCCUCGUUUCUGCAUGUGAUUGAGACAUUGUCUUUAGAGCCUUUAAUUCCUGUUACUGAUGGCAUAAACAGAUCUUCUAUGUUCGCUGAUGUAACUGUAUGGUUUCGCAAAUGUAUCACCUGUAUGAAGAUAAAGGGCGUUUAACCGAAUAUCACGAAAACGAGGCUCUAUAGCCAAGAUUGAGCACUUUACGGAAGGAAGGAGCUGGCCUAAAUUAAAAUCUUUGAUGUGAUAGUUUAUCGAUAUAACCGUACCGUUUCCACCAUAAAUUGAAUAUAAUUAUCAAUAUAAUUAACUGUUAUAAUAUAUGUUUGUAUCUUUGUAAAUAUAAUAAUGAGAAAUGAUUGUUGGAAGAUAUAUCAUCAAUGGAUAAGACAACUAUGUCUUGUAUUGUGUUGUUAACAUUGAACCAUAAUUUUUAUCUACCUGAAAAAAGGCCUCUCACACUACGAGCAUAGCCCAGAAAUGGUCAGC